GUUUACUGAAUUGUAACGAAACACGCGUUAACCUUGUUUUCUAACGUCUUCGUGUUUCUGCCCUCUGCCAACCUGGUCAUUGACAAUGAGCAUUCAAACAUUCCCCUACAGCAUCCGAAUCGCGGACGGUAAGACACCUCUGUUCAAGGAGGACUUUUAUGUCGGUGUGUACAGUGAAGUUUCAGUCCGCUUCACCAUGGCAGCAAUUGAUCCCUCAGUCAAAUCCAGCAAGCCCGUGACUAUCAAGGCUUUUACAAGUUUAGAUCGUGCAGGUUACGAAGGAAGUGACGAAGAAGACGAGGAACUUUUCGAACAAGAGGAACAAAUUACUUUGUGUACGUUGAUGAAUGGAUCCAUCUAUCAACAAGCCCUGAAUAUCACAUUUCCUCCAGGUGAGACCGUCUACUUCACAAAAACAGGUGGUAAAUCCCCCGUGUACCUGAGUGGACAGUGCACAGUUGUCCAACGUUCUCUUGAGGACUAUAGCGAAGGCGAGUCCGACGAGGAUGACGAUGAGGAAGAGGAAGACGUGAGUGAUUUGGAUAGCGACGAGAUGAACGACAUGUUCGAUCUCAUGGCUGAGGAGGCUAGCAGUGACGAAGAGGAAGAAAGCGAAGAUGGUGAACCGGGCGUUACCAUCGAAGAACUCGAAUCUGAGCAGGAGGAGGAAAAGGAAGAACAGGAAGAACAGGAAGAGGAAGUAAAGCCCGAGGCUGGAGCUGAGGACAAAAAAGAAAAGAAGCAAUCUAAGAAGGAGAAAAAAGCUAAGAAAGAUGAAAAGAACGAGGAUAAGGAAACGGACAAGGAGGACAAAGAAAAGGAAGGAGAAGCCGAAGCCGAGGAAGAAAAUGAGUCCAACUCUUCUGCAGAAGUAGAAUCAACUCCCUCUAGCGGCAGCAAGCGCAGCCGUGAUCAAGCUUCUGCCGAACCCUCCAAGAAACAAAAAACUGAAACCGAACAGUACCCCAAGAAAAAACUUGAAGGAGACGUUAUGGUUCAGGACAAGGUAAUGGGAAUGGGUCCUGUUGCCAAGACUGGAAAGCGUAUCGCUGUCCGUUACAUCGGCCGUCUUUCUAAUGGAAAAGUGUUUGAUAAAAAUGUUUCGGGAAAACCUUUCUCCUUCUACCUCGGAAAAGGAGAAGUUAUUCGUGGAUGGGAUAUUGGAAUUCCCGGUAUGCAAAUUGGUGGUCAACGGACUAUCCAAAUUCCUGCUCUUCUUGCUUAUGGUAAGAAAAAGAUUCCUGGUAUUCCUCCAAAUUCAGACCUUACCUUUGAGGUCAAGCUUCUGAGCGUAAAUUAGAUCAAUCUUUUUGGAUCAACAAGGAUACUUGUUUUAGAAUUACUUUUUGAUGUAUUUUGGGUAUUUUAAUGGUAUGGUAUUGCACUGUUUCAAUUGAUUGCAAGGGAGACGUGUUAUAUAGGAGGCAAGAAUACGAUAGGUUCUGUAAUUUUUUCUUUCAUUUCAUGCUUUUGUCUUCCACUUCGGUUUUACCAUAUUUUGUAUUUGCUGGU